UUCACGUCUUGGCAAUCGUAGUACCGCACUGCAUUCAGGCUUUUCAUAUUUAACUUUUGCACGUUUAUUCACCUAUUGACUAUUUCAGCUAAUUAAUAAAAUUAUUAUUUGAAUUUAGGUAAAAAUUUACAGUUGAUUAAGCGGUAUGAUGUCUGUUUCUAACGUCACAGGCCCCGGCGAGUUGUUCUAAAACCAAAAUUGCAUAAAAGGGUAGUGUCGUUGAUUAGUACUACCUCCCUGUUACACGGCUCUUCUUGAAUCGGGUUGAGAGCGGUUUAUCCGGGCAAUCAUGGGAGAGCAGGGUCCGCUGUGUGUGAACGUGCACGCGACCAAUGCCACAACGGAGAACCUGAGCAGGCACGACAUGCUCAACUGGGUCAACGACUGCCUCCGUACGCACUACACCAAGAUCGAGGAGCUCUGUUCGGGUGCCGCCUACUGCCAAUUCAUGGACAUGCUUUUCCCAGGUUGCGUCAGCUUGAGGAAAGUGAAGUUCAAGACCAACCUGGAACACGAGUACAUCCAGAACUUCAAGGUGUUGCAGGCCUCCUUCAAAAAAGUUGGCGUCGACAAGAACAUCCCCGUGGACCGGCUGAUCAAGGGCCGCUUCCAGGACAACUUCGAGUUUGUCCAGUGGUUCAAGAAGUUCUUCGACGCCAACUACGACGGCCGGGAGUACGACCCCGUGGAGGCCCGGGGGAGCACCACCAUCGGGGGCGGCACUCCGUCAGGGCCCUCCCGCAUCGCCAACCACCACAAGGUGGCUGCCAACAGGCCAGUGCACGCGACCAAGCCGAUGACAAGAAAUGCGUUAGGCCCCGUCUCCAAACCUAUCGGCGCCGCCACCCGGAUACCUGGCGGUGCUGGCGGGGGCGACUCCCACAAGUUGGAAGAGCUCACAAGUCAGGUUGCCGAGCUGAAGACCACGGUGGAUGGCCUGGAGAAGGAGCGAGACUUCUACUAUGGCAAGCUGAGGGACAUUGAGGUCCUAUGCCAAGAGUGCGAGCAGAAGAACGGACAGUCGGAGGUCAUAGAGAAGAUCCUCGAGAUCCUCUAUGCCACAGAGGAGGGCUUCUCGGUUCCUGAGGAUUACGUCGAAGAGGGGGCACCCGUGGUCGGUAACGACGAGGAGGAAUACUGAGGGCGCCAUCGCAGCCUCGAAACAACGGUCAUCUGGCAUGCCACUUUACAGGCCCUCCUCUCCCGUUUUUAUUUUCUCCGCACACUCCAGUGAUCUAGCUCGUUACUUUCCUUUCUCUGUUGAAAGUUUAUACCCUAGAAUAAAAAGAAAAGCAUUUUUUUUAAGUGCCGGCAAAAGUCUUUCACUCCGUUUCGUCGGUCUCAUCGUAGGGUUUCUCUGUGGCCAACUUCGCAAGUGUCUGACUGGGCCUUUUUAAGUAGACAAACUUUAAUCCAUACGCACGGUGCUGGCAGCAGUCUCAUCGGGGUUAAUGCGUUUAGGCCCCUGUUGUUUGAAGUCUACGAGGUUUCAAAUGAGUGCCAAAAACACGAGGACAAAGGGAGGACACCACAUAGCAUUGUCUGCGAUUGAAGGUUAAUUUACAAGUUGACUUACAAGCUAAUUUUUUGUCCUUGUGUUUUUGGUGCCUAUUGGACACCUGCGAACGCCCACAAUUUUUCUUUUUUUUUUUUUAGGCAAAGGUUUGUAGACUAUUAAAGCAAUAGGCACAUCUUCACAAUCUUUCUCGUCUUUGAGGUGUGAAGUUUUCUGAAAGGUGUUUUUUUUUCUUCGGUUUUUGCUAUGAGGCAUUGAGAUUAUUUGCAGAUCUCUGGAAAUUUAACUUAAGGUCGACUUUAUUGGGGCUUUUUGUUUUCCUGGUGUUUAUUUCAUCUUGCCUCUCCGUUGAGCAUGCAGCAACAAGCUAAUUCUUUUUUAAAAGCUUUUGUUUUCUCUAAUGUUGUACCGCUUUUACGGCGCCGUGUUUUGCGCUCGAGAGUUUUUAGCUCCCCUCUAAUUUUUUUGUUUUUUUGUAAAAAUGUUUGCUGAACUAGGAGAGUGCUGUGUGGUAUGUCAAAAUUUUAUGCACUUUGUAAAUAAAUAAGGGACGGUAUUCGUAAGCUGUUUGUUGAUAACCAGUGGGGGUGCUCGUUUUUAUGUGAAUGUCUUAUUACCGAAAUUGUUUUACAAAAUUGGCGUUAUGUGAUGUCGGUUUUGCCGAUGUUCAGUGUCUCUUAGUGCUUGCGUCUUUUCAUGCACGGUUGUGCCGAUCGUUUUAGUCUUCUGCGUGUCGCAGUCAGGGGGCACUUCAAAAUGGCAGAAUUCGGAUGCUUUGAUUGGCUGGCAAGUAUUGUUAGGAUAGAGGAAGGUUGACCGUGUGCUGUGUGGUUGGUUGCCUUUGCACAUGGUCCCAAUGCGUGAAUGAUUUCUCUCGAGCUUUGUUUCCUCUUCAGUUCAUAUAACGCUGUUACCUAUGUCUUGUUGACUUUUGGACUGCGAAGAGUUGGGACAAUAAACAUGAUUUUUCUCCACUGUC